AUGGUGACAACUUUCAAAAUAGCAAUCCUUGGAGCGCAAGGGGUUGGGAAAUCAGCAAUUGUGCACCAGUUUCUCUACAACGAUUACAGUGACCACUAUCGGCCCACAAAAGCACGUCGUGUCUACUUGCCCGCUGUGGUCAUGAACGAGCAUGUGCACGACCUACAGAUAAUGGACUUCCCACCCAUUCCAUCCUUCCCAGUCAACACUCUCCAGGAAUGGGCAGACACGUGUUGCCGGGGGCUACGGAGUGCUCAUGCCUACGUACUGGUUUACGACAUCUGCUGCUUUGACAGCUUCGAAUACAUCAAAACAAUCCGACAACAGAUAUUAGACACAAGGAUGAUCGGGACCAACGAGAUCCCAAUCAUCAUCGUCGGCAACAAGCGGGACUUGCAGAGGGGCCGCGUUAUUCCCAGGCGGAACGUUUCCAACCUCGUGAAGAAGACAUGGAAGUGUGGCUACAUCGAGUGCUCGGCCAAGUAUAACUGGCACAUCCUCAUGCUGUUUAACGAACUCUUAAAGACUGUUGGGUGCGUGCGCUGCAGGCACGUGCACGCUGCUAUCCGUUUCCAGGGAGCCCUGCGGCGGAACCGGUGUACAGUCAUGUGA